GAACGGAGAUGUCGCGCUCCUCAAGCGACUCAUCUCUACCUCCGGGGUCCUACGGUCCGCGCUGUCAGCAUAUUGAUACCAGAAAACACCGUCCUGCUUACUCCGAGCUUCCCGGCGUGCCGUCGGAUAGCUUCCACACGCCCGGGCGCCAUCGAUUCUCCGAUUACCCCGAUGCCCUCGAAGGCAUGGAGCUCCAGCGGGCGGUCACCCCUGCUUUCUUCAUCCUCAAUGGCACGACCUCCAGCCACCGGCCCCCGGGAGCCAAGCCGUCCACGGCCGGAAGCUCGAUGCGCCCCCCUUUUCAACAUCCCCGGGCGACUUCUUUCUACGGUGGACCGGCGGCGCGAAACGAUUCUUACGAGAACUUGAGGGUGCGGGAGCCGAACUCUUACGACGUGAAUCACCACUCGGCGUAUGCGGAGAAGGAUCACGACUUGGCGGCUAAGCAGGUCGAGGACGACCUAGCGGACGCUCGCCGACGGAGCAAGCAUUCGCAGCACGAGAGGAUUCUGCGGAGCCUCAUCUGCCCUAGGCCUGCGGCCGAGUUCGACAUCGACGAUGUCGCCCUUCAGGGCAUAUUCUACGCCGCCAACGAGAUAUUCUUUCGCGGGAAGCUGAAGGGGCGCGUCAACUGGGACUGGCGGGAUCUCCCGAGCUGCCUCAUCGGCACCACGGCGCUGCGGAAGCUGCCGCUCGACCUCGGCUACGAGACGCUGAUCUUCCUGUCGCGGGGGAUCCUCAAGGACAGGAAAUAUAACCGACGACUGCUCAUCUCGACGUUCAUCCACGAACUUAUCCACAGCUACCUCUUCAUAGUGUGCGGGUUUCAAUCCAGAGAAUGCGGGGGCCACACCGACGGCUUCAAGCGGAUCGCCGAGCUCAUCGACGAGUGGGCCGGCCGCGGUCUGCUGUACCUAUGCAACAUGGAGGCCGAGCUCAGCGACUUCGAGACCAAGACUGCGGCCCUGCCGAAGGAGCCGCCGAACUUCGACGGCUGGCGGGCACCGUGGUCCCACGGCUCGACGGGCGGGGACUAUAUCCUCCUCGAUCGCCCCCAGUGCAGGCUGCGGCCUGGCGUGUGUGUAUCGGACCGGGAAUUGGCAUGAUGGCGUUAGAAUGUGUCGACCCUCCGGGGGUGCCGUGCUCCUAUUUGCUCCCUCCCUGCGCCGAGAAGCAAGCCCAAUGUUACCUCGCAUACAGGGCUAGACUUCUCUCCUCUAACACUCUUUGCUGUUUUCUUUUGUCCACGUCCUCUCCCUAUUCUCGUCCCUAUUCUCUCCAUAUUUUCCCUUUAUCGGCAUGGCGAUGGCGUAUGACUAUACAUAUUAUACACACAUAUACCCUAGACUGGGGCGGGUUAUCGGGCUCUCGUUGCACGUCGAGAUGGUGGAUUGUCUAGACCGGCGUAGCGCAUGAACUCGGUGUUGGAAAAUGUCAUUCUGGUGUUCGGAUACCUCUCUCUCUCUCUCUCU